AUGAAAGAGUUCAAACCCACCAUGAAUAGAGAGAAAGAGCUAGAAAAGAAAGACAAGAAGAAGAAAGGUUUCCCUCAAAUCAUAUGGCUCAAAGAUCAGUGGAGGAAGAGCAAGAAAGAAAGGGAUCAGCAACCAAUGUCUCCAUUUUUGGCGUUCACAACUGACGCCAUGAGGCUGUUGGAGGAAGAGCAGCAUCUUCAGUUGAAAAAGAAAAAAAGAGAUCCAUUAAAACCGAAGACAUCUAUGGAGGAGAAGACAUCUAUGGAGGCUAGGCUCAGGGCAGAGCGUGCUGCAUUUGCCAUAACACUUGAGAGAUUUGUAGGAGUUGAAGGUGAAUCAGCUCAGAGGUGUAAAGCAAGGUUAGAGAGGCAUCGAAGAACUACUGAACGUGUUGCAAAAGCUCUAGCAGAGAAGAACAUGCGUGAUCUUCUUGCUCAAAGAGAGCAAGCAGAGAGAAAUAGAUUGGUCGAAGCUCUUGAUGCUGAAGUGAAGAGAUGGUCGAGUGGGAAAGAAGCGAACUUGCGUGCAUUACUUUCGACACUGCAAUAUAUCCUUGGGCCUGAUAGUGGUUGGCAGCGAAUUCCCUUGGCUGAAGUUAUUACUUCUGCGAUUGUUAAGAAAGCUUACAAGAAAGCCACUCUAUGUGUUCACCCUGACAAAUUACAACAACGUGGUGCAAGUGUUCAGCAAAAGUAUAUAUGUGAAAAGGUUUUUGAUCUUCUGAAGGAAGCUUGGAACGGAUUCAACUCAGAGGAGCAGUAG